AUGUCUACUUCUGAGUUAUACUUGGACGAAUCUUCUUCAUCUGUUGAGUCAGAGUGUGAAUCGCGUGGUGAUAUAGAUGACUACGAACUUGAAGUGGAAGAAUUUGAUGUAGGCUCUGCUUCGGCGUCGAAUGAGGCAAGCGGCAAAUCAUGGGAAGACAAUACUGUGGCCGCGGCCGCUGCAGUUUUUCCCUAUAGCGAUGAACCCAUUGCUGAUAUAGAAUGGAUCGAAGAAUACGAGAGAGAAAAGGAGAGCGAAAAACUUCAUGUUGAGGCCCUUAAACAGCGUUUAGAUGGCACAAUUGCUGUAAGCCAAUGGUAA